UCGCUCAGUUUCUUUCAGCCAGUCGUUCGCGUCGGUUGUCGGCUGUUGGUUGUUGGUUGUCGGUUGUUAGUUGUUGGUGUGCGCUGUCGACGCAUGUUGCAUGUUGUCGCUGCGUAGUCGCAGGUUGCCACUGCGCUUUUUGGCCCUGCACGCAGACUCUGUGCGACCGCAAGGUGCUCUCAAAAUAACGAGCAAAGGAAAAGGAGCAGCCGAAAAAAAAGCACUCUAGAUUUGCUAUUCUGACAUAGUUUCGCGGCAAAUCAGCAAAGACUGCAAAAAAGCGAAAGAGAUCGAAAAACAGCGAACAAGUGUGUGUGUGAAAUAAAUGUGCAUUCAACAACAAAAGCGGAGAAAAGUGAGGAAAAAACCAAAGAAGGUGCCGAGGCAGAAAUUGGAAAUAAACAAAAAGAAAUUGCAUAAGUCGGAUUUUUGGCGUGCGCUUUGCUCAUCUUCUGUGCCGCUGCUGCAAUAUUUGAGUGGCUUCUGCUGUUUAUCCUCCCAACAGCGCGAGAUAAAACUCAGAGACGAGCGUCGAAUUAUUUAAACCUACUGGCGAUAUUUUACAAAAUUUAAUCAACUCCGCUGGGCUGCUUGACCAUUUGACUUUUUUCGAACAAGUUUGCUAUCAAGUUUUGCCUCUCUGUGUGCGUUUGCGUUUUCGGCAAUUAAAACCCAUUAAUGCAAUUGUUGCUUACCAAUUUCUAUGUUCAUAUGUGUGCGCGCCUCUUAUCCGGUAAACAUUUAUGCAACUCGGCCGAAAGCAACAGCAAGAGCAACAUUUGGCCAAGGGACGUACUUUAUCCGCGAUUGAAGUCUGUGUGAGACCGCAAUGCCAAUUUGCAAAAGUUCUCCGGGCAUGGCAAGCAAAAAGACAGCCACGGACAUAUCCGCUGAUCACGUGACGGAAGGCGCCCAGGUGAAGCGAACCCGCGAGCAGGCCUACUUCAACUCCUACGACUUCGAUGCAAUCGAGGUGCUGCCCUACGACGAGGAGGACGACGAGGCGGGACGAACGAUCCAGAGCGGGAGCCAAAGCAGGAGCAGGAGCGAAAGCAGAACCGGAAGCAGCAGCAGCCGGAGCAGCAGCACACGGAGCUACUCCGCAGCCAAUGAUCCCGGUGCGUCAAGCAAGUUCGCCUACCUGCAACGCCUGGGAGCCUUCUUUGGACGGAGCGGAGGGGGCGCAGGCGGAUCCGGAGCACCGGAAGCGGCAAGUGGAGCUGACCCAAGUGUAGGAGGGGCACCCAUCUUGGCACCUAAGGGCAGUAGCGAGAACUUCUUGCUGCCACGUGCUAUGCUCAAGUAUCAAAGCACAGCGACCACUUCGGCACCGCCAUCGUCCACGUCCACGGCAGCCACGCCAAUGCCAUCGAAGCAUGCACCGGGCAUGGGGAGUCCACUUGGUCACGACCAGCAGCUGGAGGUGCCUGCCGGCGCAGAGGAGCGCAGCAAGAAGUGCUCGGUGGCCUCCAAUGUCAGCAGCUCGCAUUCCGCGGAUUCCGGGCUGCCAGUGGCAGCGGCCACCUCUGCGACGGCAGCAACAUCUGCUGCAGCAGCAGCAGCUACACAGGCCACACAUGGCUCACACUACUCGACGGACAAAAGCGGCUCGUCCGGUUACUACAGCUCCAACGUGUGCUCCACUUACUCGCUGGACGAGCACAUCUACUGCGAACCGGUCAUCGAUGUGCAGGAGAAGCUCAAGAGCGUGGCCGCCAGGCAGCGGCAGAGGCCGCCGCUCCGACUGCCAACGAAAGUGGCGGCUCCGCAGGAGGUGGCCUCGGAGGUGGGCCCACCAGCAGCCGCAGCCGCCGCCGAGAAGCUGGCUGCAGUGAAGAGUCAGCGCUCGGACAUGCAAGAUGCGGCUGGAGCUGCAUCCAAUGACCACCAAGUUCAGGCGAAGAGCGAGGCGGCGGCGGCGGCAGCGGCCGGGCUGCACCACUACAGCGACAAGCUGCGCGUCCUGGAGACGAGCAUCGAGAAUCUGGACCGCCACCUGAAGACCUUUCCCAGCCUGUACGCCCAGGAGCACAUUGUGAGCUUCAUGCAGGCAGCCGGAGGGAGUGCUGAGGACACAUCCCACUCCCUGGACAUUGGGGAGAAGCUGCGGGCCUACAACCAGCUGCCCACCAUCAUGGAGCAGCAGCAGCAACAGCAGCAGCAGCAGGAGCCGCUGGUGGAUGACUCCCUGCUGGACAUCGACCUAGAUGCCUUUCUCCUGGCCUCCCACGUGGAGCACCGGGGCAUCGACAAUCCCAGCUUUCUGAACGACGAACAGCUGGCCGAGAACAACUACAAAUGCGCCAAGUACAUCAACUCCUGCCCCGAGGAUGCCUAUCGCUUGGAGAGCGAGAGGGGCGGAGCUGGAGGACUGGGUGUGGGCGUAGGUGUGGGCGUGGCAGAGAAGACUUACGCCAAGCGGUACGAGGAUCAGCUGCAUUUCCAAAACACUCGUGAGCUGCUGGAGGAUGUCCGUGAUAAGAUACGCCUCCUGUCGCGUGCCACGCCCCCGCCCUCGGACACGGCCACGCCCACGCCCGCCAGGACACCGCCCCCGGACGUGCCCAAGGAGCUGGAGGGCAUGAUCCACACUCUGAAGCACGAGCUGGAGUCCUACCUGCAGCGCAUGAACCAGCACAGUGAGCAGGAGCUGCGGCAGCUGUGCAGCGGACUGGGUCGCCAGCAGCACGUGGUCCGCCUGCAGAACGCCCUGGAGCGCAGACGCAGCUGCGCCGACCUCCAACUCAAUGCCUACGAAGCGGUGCGCGACGGAGUGCUGAUCUCCGCCAGCGGCAGACCGCUCAGCGUCCGUGAGCAGAUCAUGACCAUCCGCUGCGCCAGCGACCCCAACUUCAAGAUGAAGCGCAAGUCAAUUGCGGAGAUCUUCCCCGCCGCCGAGUUCUACGUGGAGUCGGAGGUGACCACCACCAGUCUGUCCUGCAGUGCCACGCCCUCGCCCUCACCCUCGCCCGCCUCCACGCCGCAGCUGGAGCUGGAGGCCCUGCAUCCCGGCCUGACCACCACCACGGUCGUCACGCAACUGCAGCGGAACCUCACCUUCCACAAGCCCAUCCUAGCGGUGGCCAAUUGCAGCCAGGGAUGUGGAGCUAUGACCGCCGGCGUGGCUGCUGGCGAUAAGGCUCGGGAUCGGGAACGGGAGCGGGAACGGGAACGGGAACGCGAGCGGGAAAAGGAAAGCAUAGCCGAGUGGCACCGCAAGAAGCCCAGCAUCUGGGAGAUGUACUACGGCACCAACCGGCUCCAUCAGUCGCUCCUCGGAAAGCAGCGAAGUGGAGGCGAACUGGUCGUCAGCAGUGCCCAGCCCACUCUGUCCUAUCCAUCCUCACGACCCGAGUCGGACUUCACGCUGGACCUGCCACGGGCGGAGCAGCUGCGCUUGAAAAUGGAAAAGGAGAAGAAGUUCCGCCAAAGAUGCCGCUUCAUCACCACGUUCCUCAGCCUGGUCUUCUUCCUGCUGACCGUGAUGGUGGUGAGCCUAGUUUUGACCCGCGGCAAACGGAUGUUCGGCAGCAUGAUUUGAGGCGACCCGAUCAGCGACCACUUAGCACUUAGCACCUUAAUUCGAGUCUGCAAAACAGGGUAACUGCAGAAAAUUACAAACUACAGUGCCAACCAGAAAUGUAAAUCGUAAACGAAGCUCAAGUUUAGUGUUAGUGGUAGUCGUAAUCCCCCCGUGGGUUUUUUUUGGCAGGGCAGGAUCGCCACGGCCGCAGUCGCAGUAUUGUUAAUAAAUUAUUUAUGUGAUCCUAGUUGUUAAGUCCGAGUGAGUGCAUUUGUUUCUGUGCGUUCUCGUAUACUGCCUGUAUCCAGCCUAUCGUUUGUCAAACCUAUUGUUAAGCCCAUCAAACUGUAUUAAAUAUAUGUAAACGUAUAACUAAUUGUAGCUAGAGUCUUGUGAAUGUGUGGAGAAUAAACAGAAUACCGAGUAUA